AUGUCUGCUGACGGCUGUCAUGAUGUAUCACCAAAACCUGGUUCGAGUUUUAAGAGAUUUCUUGCACGCAGAUUGUCUGCAGCCCCAUCAAUCUCAUCGAUCUCCACAGUUGGGGAUGGUGACAGCACUAUGGGAUCCUAUUCAAGGACUUUAACUGGCAUCAGAAGAUUUGUCAAUGUUGUAUUACCCACUCAAGAAGAAACUCAAGUAGCAGUUGAGGUAAAAGGCAAGUGUGGGGAUGUUUUUGACCAGGUUGUAUCAUUACUGGGAACCCAAGAAAGCCAGUAUUUUGGAUUAGCAAUUCAACAAGAUGGUGAAUUUGAGUUCUUGGAUUUGAAAACUAAGUUAUCCAAAUAUGCUCCAAAGGGAUGGAAAAAUGAUUCUGGUGGAUAUGGUGCUGAUAAAUCAAGCAAAUCAGUUUUUACAGUGUAUUUUAAAGUGCAAUUCUAUGUAGAACACCCAAACUUAAUUGUUGAUGAUGUUACCAGAUACCAAUAUUACUUACUUUUAAGAGAUAAUGUAUUGGAAUGUCCGCUGCCAUGUAGUGAAGAAAAUUACUUUUUAUUAGCUGCCUAUGCAUUACAAGCUGAUCAUGGAAAUUAUAUAAAUUCUAUUCAUACAAAGAAAUAUUUUGAACCAGAAAAAUAUUUUCCUAAGUGGGUGCUAGAAAGGAGGGGAGAAGAUUACAUUUUGAAUAAUGUACCAGAAAUGCACAAGGACCAAAGAGGAUUGAGUAAAACUGAGGCACAAGUAGAGUUUAUUAAACAAGCUACCAGCUGUUUAGAGCAUGUUAUGCAUUUCUACAGUGUUAAAAAGAACAAGUCUGACAGUAUGCCAUACGUUCUUAUAGGUGUUUGUACAAAAGGACUACAAAUAUAUUAUGAGGAUGUAGGUGGUACCAAAUACCUGAAAUAUGAAUAUCAUUGGAACUCCAUAAGAAAAUUACACUUUGUGAAAAAGAAGUUUGAAAUCCAAGCUGAAGGGGUUCCUGAGUCCCGAAAACUUGUAUUUCAUUGCAGUAAUGACUCUAGAGCAAAGAGUCUAUUGCACCUGAGCAGACUGACUCAUACCUUCCAAGUACAUACACAAGUACUUGUUGACAGACUUAAGAAGAUUGAUGAAGCCAAUGAUAAAAAGAAAUACAGAGAGUCUUAUAUCAGUGGUGAUUUGGAAUGGGAAUUAGAUCAAAUGUUAUUAGCCAAUCAACGGACAGAAAAUGAACGACAGAGGAAUUCAGUUAUAAGUACUGGAAGUUCAAACACUACAUCGGGCAUUGUCAGUGAUGAUAAACCAAUCUUUGUUAAAAGUUUAACUGAAGAAGAUGAAGAGAUAGAAUACAUGAUAACAGGUCCACCCUUUGUAGAUCCUGGGGGAGUGGAUGUUGAAAUAUCACAUCAGUUAAUACAAGCUUAUGAUUAUGAACAGGCAUCAAGAUUAAGUGAAUGUUUUGCAGGUUCGGAUGUUGGACUAGCUGUGAACCCACUUGAUAAAUGUGAGUAUGAUGAAAGAUAUGCACUGUCAACAGUGGAAAGUUCUAUUCUUGCCGACGAUACAUCUGAUUCAGUAAAGAUAAAACAAAGCAUGGAGCAAAAAAACAGACACUCUCAAGGAUAUUUCAGUAUUACUGGACAGAGUGAAAACACAGACUCAGAAUGGAGUACAGAAGAAGAGGUUGAAACCAUGACUGAGUUUCCAACUUCUGCGGAAGAUAAAUUGGAAUCAGUACCUAUUCCUGCUGCAAUUAUUACUAGUGCUGUUGAGACAAAUGAUGCUGCGUCAUCAUCAUCAGCACUACUUAUUACAAACGGCAAUACAAAUGAAACAAUGAAGAUAAAACAAGAACAGGUACAGGAAGAAUUAAAGAAACUUACAAAAGAAAAGCAAUCUGAUGUGCCUUUAUUAAAAGCCUUAUGCAAUGAUAAAACACUAUUGGCUUUAGCUGAAAAACAGGACACUUGUGAGCCAGAUGGAACACUGCCAAGGAAUCUACCUGAAACAGACAGUCAUACAAGUAGUACAAGUUCUACUUUAAAAGAAAGAAACUCUAGAAAUGCAUCUUUGAAUACAAUUAUUGUGGACAGUAAUAGUUCAGUAGAAUCAGAUCACUGCAAGACAAUUGACAAUUAUCAUGGUCUAAAUAAACAUCACACUUUACCUGCCUUAUCAGGAACAUCAAGACAUGAUUAUGAUAAAAAUCUACAGGUGGAUAUAUCAUUAGCUGAUGGCAUAAUGAAGUGUCAAACACUGCCAGCAAAGAUGAAUGCAGGAGGAGGACAUGUCAUACCAUCUGGUGCUGAUCCAGAAGACAUUUAUAGAGAUGAUGUGACUUCUUUCUCUGCACCAAAUUUAUCACCGCAGCCAUUGGUUGAAGUGUUACAGUACUUAGCAGAUGAAGACAGAUAUAGUAGCAGUGUACUGUCUGAUACAAAGGAACUUCAAGAAGAUUUCAUAAUAGAGACCAUGGGAUAUGAUGCAACACCCACAAAGCAAUCACCACAAGAAAUUGAUGGUUAUGUAUAUUAUGAUAAAAUAGUUGGUGAUAUGCCAGUACACUGCAGAUGCAAACAAGGUAGCAAUGUAAAUGAGGAGGAGGAGGUUGUUAUUGAUUUAAACCUAUUAGCAGCAGCUUAUGGCCAAUCAGCAAUUAAUGUGACUUCAAUGAAAAUAUCACCAUCACAACAACUAGUAGCAGUUGUCAUAGAAACCUCUAACAGUGAUGUUUAUAACGCUCAGGUAUGGAGGAUUGGGAAACCCUCUCACAUUAAGAUACUAGAACAAAGCCAUGAACAUGGAGCAGGCUGUUCUCAUCAUGGGAGUGGUCACCAUGGUGAUGGAAAUGAGGACUCCACAACUCAUACUCAUCAUGGUGAUAAGAUGAAAGGAAAUAUUAAUGAACAGUUAGAUGUUAUACAUAAUGUUUUCAAUAUCGAAUGGGGUGAAGGUGAUGUUUUAUUUUAUACGUCAUCACAUGAGUACAGAGCUAGUGAAGUAUGGAGACAUGAAGUGGGAAACAAGAAAUCACAGGAUGUAUUGAUAUUUGAAGAAUCAGAUGAGAGGUAA